AUGAACAUGGAAAACCAGUUUCCUAAAAUGGAAACUAAUAGCUUCUUGCAUGAAGACAACAAGCUCCUCCUGUCUUCUCGGUUUCAUGGGAUCUUGAAUUCAUCGAGAUCAGAGCAGCCUCUAGGAGCUCCAAGAUUCUUGGACGGUCUGAAAUAUCCUUCUUCGCCGUCUUAUUCACCUUCUUCUUCUUUUUCAUCAUCAUCGUCAUCAUCGUCAACGCCGUCUCCAGUCACCGAGGCAUCAAACAGCGUGCUUUAUCGCUCUUACAUACAGAAAAGCUGCUGCUUCACUGUUUCAGAUGAGUUCAACACUUAUGUUCAUCAAUCUCUUGUCCCUUGGAACUUUCUAGAAUCUUUUCCUCAUCCAACACAAUCUCAAUCACAAUCUCCUCGUGUUUCUGAUCAUCAGCCACCUCCAAAACCCCCAAUCCUCAACUUGUUUCUACGGGAACCAAACUUUCUAGAACUAUCUCAAACCGAACAUCUCAACAACAGUGAUUACAAUAACAUCACUCCUUUCUGCAAAAGCCACAACUUCACCCCAAACCUGCUCCAAUCAGAUCAAAACCAAUCGAAACCGAUCAACAAAACAUUAACCAACAACUAUCCUUCCAAAGGGUUCGGAAAUCACUGGUUGAGUACCACCAAAACUCAGCCUAUGAAGCUCACUGGAUCAUCAAGAAGUCCCAACAAAACAUCUUCGGGAAAGAUGUAUAGAGGGGUGAGGCAAAGGCAAUGGGGCAAGUGGGUUGCAGAGAUAAGGCUUCCAAGGAACAGAACUCGUGUCUGGUUGGGGACCUUCCACACCGCAGAAGAAGGAGCUAUGGCUUAUGACACGGCCGCUUACAUUCUGCGUGGUGAAUAUGCCAACUUGAACUUCCCUGAUCUCAGGCAACAGCUCGAGACAAGCUCCUUCAGAAACAUGAUCGCCUCGCUCUUGGAAUCGAAGCUUCGUCAGAUGUCAUCUUCUGACAAGAAGAACAUUGGUUUUGAUCACGAGAAAGCGUCGCAGGAGAAGAUUGAUCUGUCUGAGAGCGGGUUAAGCACGAGAUCGUUCAAGAAUUUGAGCCGGAAACUCGAAUCAGGAGGAGAAGUGAUGAUACAGAAACAGAAGCAAAGUAGCGUUCAUCAUCAUCAUCAUCAUCAUCAUGAGGAGGUGAUGUCUGAAUCAGAGGGUUUGCAGUUGAGUAGAAUGCCUUCUUUGGACAUGGACAUGAUCUGGGAUGCUCUCUUGGUCCCUGCAGAAGGUCUUUCAUGA